CAGGCAAUGCUACUGCUCCUAUAUAUCAUGUGAAUGCAAAAAACGGUACCCAAAUAGCAUCUAUUCUUAGUACGGUUCCAGGACUUAGUAACUAUACUGGAAUUUGGGCUGUAUAUGAUGUCGUCGCUGAUGAUAAAGUUCCAAUAACUAAUUAUGGUCAAAUUGCGAAUCUUGAACAAGUUUAUCAUGGUGUCGGUGUAAAUUGUCCUGUUUCCCUAGCUGCAUUUACCAGUCCUAGUGCUAAAAGUCCUGCAAAAG